AUGUCCUACUUCCGCAUCACCCUCCACCGAUCCGCCAUCGGCCUCCCCGAGCGGACACGCGGCGUCCUUGCGGCCCUGGGCCUGCGCCGCCGCAUGCAGACCGUCUUCCACCCGGUGCACCCCCAGUUCGCCGGUAUGAUCCUCAAGGUCAAGGAGCUGGUGCGCGUCCAGGAGGUGGACCGCCCGAUGAGCAAGCAGGAGCUCAAGGCGACGCGGACGCCGGACAAGGGGUUCUAUAUCGAGAAGGCUGUGCCGCGGAUCUCAAAUCUUGUGGUCAAGCUUGUUCGGUUCAUCCUGUACCUGGACGUGGAGAAACUGAAGCAAGCAGACAAGCUAGCAAAGGCAGUUAUCCCCCCUAAAGCGUAG